CCCGCAAAAACAGAGCACCCCUAUAUAUCUCUUCCACCCUCUAAAAUUUUGGUAUUUUUAGUUUCUCUCUCUAGGAAAAAAAGAAAAAUUUUUGGUUCGACGCAGAAUGCGACUGCCACCGACGCCAUGUUAGUACGUUUUUGACUUCCUUCUCAGAUCAAUUCAGUUUCAGCUCACUUGACAUAUCUGCUUCUCGGCAUGUCAAUGCAAAUUAUUGAUCAAUGCCCGGUAGAACCAUGCUAAUGUAGUUUUUAUUGAGAAUCUGGGAUUUGGGUGCUGAAGAGGCUUUCUUAUUACUAAUGGGUGUGGGCUAUUUAGCAAUUUCAGCAGCGUUCACAGCCCUGAGCUUCGUGGGUCUACAAUGUUGGACAGAGUUGUCGGUAGACAAACUAAAAGCAGAUGGUUUAAUUAGCGAUAAUUUUAUUAGCCAUGAGAAUGCGAACCGUGCUCUUGAGUUGCUGCUGGGUUCUUAUGCCACUGUUGCGCUGCUGGCAAAUUUUGUAUUUAAUGCAUUCAUUCUAAUCAAUCUUUGUCUUAAGACUAUUUUCUUUGUGGAAUUAUACCCUUCUGAAACUCGAAAACUUGUGGAACGUCUUAUUAAUUAUGUUAUUUACAAGGGGACAUUUCUGCCAUUGGUUAUUCCUGGAACAAUAUUUCAAGCAGGAUUGUGGUCGAUCUGGUUGACUGUUCUCUGUUCUUUAAAGAUGUUUCAAGUUUUGGCUAGAGAUCGACUUGAACGUCUGAAUGCAUCUCCUUCUGCAUUGCCAUGGACUUAUUUUCGUGUGUAUUCAGCACUGUUAUUGGUCCUCUUUGUUGACUUCUUCUGGAUAAGGCUGUGUUUGGUGAUAUACAGAACACUGGGUUCAUCCAUGUUUCUAUUAUUGUUUUUUGAGCCGUUCAGUAUUGCAUUUGAGACUAUGCAGGCAAUGUUGGUACAUGGGUUUCAGUUGCUUGACAUUUGGCUCCAUCAUUCUGCUGGGAAUAGUACAAAUUGCCAAAGGUUCAAAUUUUUUGAUGCAAUAGCAGCAGGUUCUUUGUCUGAGUGGAAAAACAUUCUUAUCCGGAAUUUAGGGUUUUCCCUUGACAUGGCAACUUUGUUGAUGGCACUUGGUCAUUACAUGCAUAUUUGGUGGCUUCAUGGUGUGGCAUUUCAUCUAGUGGAUGCAGUCCUUUUUUUAAAUACACGUGCCUUGCUUAGUGCUAUCAUAAAGCGUGUAAAAGGAUAUGCCAAACUAAGAAUAGCUUUAGGUGCUCUUCAUGCAGCACUUCCAGAUGCAACAUAUGAAGAGCUACGAGCAUAUGAUGAUGAAUGUGCUAUCUGCAGGGAACCUAUGGCUAAGGCAAAGAAGCUACAUUGCAGUCACAUUUUUCAUCUUGCAUGCUUGAGAUCCUGGUUGGAUCAGGGUUUAAAUGAAAUGUAUUCAUGUCCCACUUGUCGAAAGCCGCUUUUUGUAGGCAGACCUGACAAUGAAGCAAAUCGUCAUGGUGGAGACAUUUUAUCUGACGAGCAGCUUGCUCGUCAAAUAAGUGAAGAGCUUGAUCAACAAACCACAUCUACUCUAUCUGCUGGAGUUUUACCAAAUCAGACUCAUAACUCUAUAGAAGGCCGCCCCUGGAGAAGCGCAGGUUCGGAUUCAAGUUGGCUGCACACCUGGCCUGGCCAGAGUGUAGACGGAGCUGGUCCAUCUACUGCCAUGAGAUCAGUAGGAAUGAUGAUGAGACAUCUUGCAUCUGUAGGAGAAACCUACGCUCAGACUGCCCUUGAAGAUGCUGCUUGGAGCCUGUGGCCCAUGAAUCACUCUCAAGCUGUUGCAUCUGGAUCUACUGUCACUCCUAGUUUUGGAAGAUCAGCUGGAGGUUCUGGUGGUUUACACAUGAGGACUGCCUCACGCUCUGCAAGUGACAACAUGGUAAACAUGCUUGCCAUGGCUGAGACAGUACGGGAGGUUUUGCCUCACAUUCCAGAUGAGUUGAUUCUUCAGGACUUGCAGCGAACAAAUUCUGUCACUGUUACUGUGAACAAUCUUCUCCAGAUGUGAAAUGAGUAAUAUUAUGACAUGGUUUAAUGUCUCCAAGUAAUCAAACCUGUCUUGUGCACACCAAAUAUCGGAAGGCUUGGAGCUGUGCACUAAUUGAGCUUGUUCAAUUACACCCCCAACACUUUUCUCGUCAUCUCAUUUUUGCCUUUUUUCAAAUAUCUACAAGCUUCAUUCUGUGUAUAUAUCAAGUCGGUUUUAUUUUAUAAAAGAAGGGAAAAGGCACAUUAUUACCGUUUUGAGUUUGGUUUUCCAUGGAAAAAAUAAAGUUGGGCCGUACACAUAGAUAGACAGCUCGGCCUUGCAUUGUGAUUUUGAGCUAACCACUGUGUUUGCUUCAUUGUCCAAGCAUGACAGGGACGAAGCUUUGCUUUCUAUUUCUGAAUAUAUAGUGUACAAUAAUGAAUGAAUUGUUUGUAAUGCUAAGAUGCACAAGUAGCUCUUGUUAGAUUCUGAGGGAACUAAUGAAGCUAUUUGUGGAGGACCUCAACAAUGCUUAUUUUAACUUGAAAAUGUUUCUUGGCGCUUUUUGA